AGAAGUCGGACCUAUUGAAGAGCCCAUGAACGUAGCACAGUUGGACGCGUCGGAGAGGAGACGAGAGGAAAGAAAGGGGCAGGGAAGGGACCUGAGAUCAAUUCAGCCUCGCACUCUUGGCGCCAAUCCGAUUGAAAGAGAAAAAACAGCCAACAUUUCCUUUAUGUUUUAACCAAAUUUGCGCUUAACUGCUGGAUUUGCCCGAGCCAUCAGUCGGUGCUAUAGCCAGCUAGCCUCGUUAGCACACUAUCUAUCAUUGUCAUAUUAGUCUGGCCUCUUGUCUCUGCCCGUGGUGACGAUACUAAUAACUCCAUAACAGUAACGCACGGGGACAAUAGGUGCGUUUCUCUCACCGGGGGAUCGACGAGGCACAGCUGCAAAAUGGGGAGAAAGUCCAACCGAGCAAAGGAGAAGAAGGCCCGGCGCCAGGAAGAGAGGGCAGCCAUGGAUGCCGUCUGUGCCAAGGUUGAAGCAGCCAACAAGCUUGACGACCCACUGGCUGCCUUCCCAGCCUUCAAAAAGUACGACAGAAAUGGGCUGAACUUGCAGAUAGAGUGUAAGAGAGUGACCUCCCUCAACCCGCUGUCUGUGGAGUGGGCGUUCGAACUCACCAGAGCCAACAUGCAAGCACUGUAUGAGCAGAGCGAGUGGGGGUGGAAGGAGAGGGAAAAGAGGGAGGAAAUGAAUGACGAGAGGGCGUGGUACCUACUGGCCCGCGACGGCGACUCCGCCCCUGUGGCCUUCUCUCACUUCCGAUUUGAUGUGGAGUGUGGGGAGGAGGUUUUAUAUUGCUAUGAGGUACAGUUAGAGAGCAGAGUGAGGAGGAAAGGACUCGGAAAGUUCCUCAUCCAGAUUCUACAGCUCAUUGCUAACAGUACGCAGAUGAAGAAGGUGAUGUUGACAGUUUUCAAACACAACCACGGGGCAUACCAGUUCUUCAGAGAAGCUUUACAGUUUGAGAUCGAUGAGACUUCGCCAAGUAUGUCCGGUUGCUGUGGCGACGACUGCUCUUAUGAGAUCCUCAGCCGGCGGACCAAACACGGCGAGGCCUCAGCGGGACACACCCACGGGGGUGGGCACUGCGGGGGCUGCUGCCACUGAUCCGCCUCGGGUUCCACCUCCUUUUGUGAUUUGGUUAAAAGCCAGCAACUUUCAUGGCUGUGUGUGAAAGCUUGAGCUGCCUGCAACUCCGCAAGCGUUUUGAGUUUGCCGUUAAAAGUGAAACCCCACGGCGGAAUGCCUGGCUACAGAUAUUUGUGUUGCAUUAUGGAUUGAGAUUUAUGUGGGUUAUUUUUGUGUGUGUGUGUGUGUGUGCGUGCGCGCAGUGUGAGCUUUCACACAUAGCUCCUGUUCAUUCUUUCUUCCUUUUUAUUGGUUUAACCUCCAAGCCAUCCUUCCUCAUUCUCUUAUCCCGGCUAAUGAUUACAAUUAGUAGUUCCCCGCCGAGCAUUGCUGGCAUUCUCCACCACGGCAAUGCACCUCAUCUCUCAAGGUGCCACACUGUAUUUAAUCAUUCUGCAGCGCUUCUUAAACAACGGCUUGGGACCCGGCCUAAGGCUGUAUUAUAGAAACUUACUACCUCAAGUUAAGGUGUCACAGUCCAUUUUUCUAAAUAAACAUAAGUAGAUUUAGUCAGUUUCUCUUGUACUGCCCCGGAUUUCCUUGGGCCUUCACACCGAGACGACGAGGCUCGUUUCACUGAUCCUGGAUUAGGCUUAAAGUAUUCCCAAUUGGGUCCCAGGAAAACAGUCUGAGAAACACUGCAGUACAGUGAUACCACCUGUUGUAUCUAAAUAUGGCUUGUAAGUGGUUUUGUGACAAAGUACCACUAGCAGCAACUCCACAUGGGCCCCCUUUAUACCACAGUCCUCUAUUAGCCUAAAUCUAGCAGGCCUCUCCUCUGUUUUUAUUUUUAAUAUUCCCUUCUCUAGAUUGUGUUCUUCAGCAACCAACCAGAACAAAAUCCCAGUACGGCCCUUGCUUUUGCAGGUUUACACCCUUUUUUUCCCCUCCAUCUCCUUUCCACCUCCUCUCACAGAUUGGGCAUGCCACAAUCCCAUCAUCUACAUAUGUGAAGUUGCAUCCUCCCAGUUGGUUGCUUUCUGCCUCCAUGUCCUAGAGUACAAUCGCCCCACUCCUGCUUGCCUCUUUGUUUGCUUUUCAUUUCCUAGAGGUACAAAUGAUAAACAAGUUGAUGUUGAGGCUACCAUUUUAAGUUGUGUUUGGGGAAGAAGGAAAAAAAAAACUAAAACCUCUUCUCUUAUGUAGUUUGUUAACAUGAGCAAAUCAUAUUGAUUUAACAUAGAUGAGGAUGGGUUGAAGUCACCGCGUCACGUUGGCUGUCUGAAGCCGAGGCUGCAGAAAACCCCCGAGGAGGAGACCCGGAUUGAAUAGCUGGGAGGAGUGUUUGCAAAGCACUGAAAGUGUUUUUACUGAUCGCUAUUCCUCUCCUCCCAAUUCGCACCGGUUUGCCAACCCGCUUUCAUCAGGCAAAUUUUAGCGUUUUAGCAAACGCUGCAAAGUCCAAAUCAUGUUUGAACAAAUUCUGCAUAAUUCACUGCUUGUCAGAAUUAGGGGACGGCGGAUUGGAUGCUGAUUUGCGGAUCCCGAAAGUGCCGGCGGCACAAAUUCCGCAGUAAAAGAUUUGUUGCAUACAUGCGACGCCCCUUCACUUAGAGCUGGUCCAGAAUACUUUGAAUUUAAAAUGCCACAUUGCUGUCGAUCUGGUUUAUUUCGUGUCUGUUUACAGACGUAUGGGUGAACCCCUUUCAUUCCAGGACUGCAGUUGGGCUGGAAAGGGCUUUAGUUUUGUUUUUAAAUGUUUCUUUUUUUUUUUUUUUUUUUAAACGGUCAUAUCAAGGCUCAGCUUGAGAUUUCUCAUAGAUUCAUGCCUGGUCAAAGUAUGUGAAGCAGGGCAGACUACAAUGUGAAAUAGAAAACACUUUCUUAGACCUGGAUACUGAAUGUUAACUGAUGUUAAUGUCCAUUUUCUGUAUUACCAAAAAAACGGAUAACCUUUUGGAUGACAAAGUCCAGAUGCUGGGGUGAAGUAUUGGGUCGCUUCUAAACUGGGUAGAGACUCAAUUAUUCAACACCUCAAGAUCGCACAUUGGUGUCUCAUGCUUGUUUGAUCAAAAACCAUUAAACAAAAUCUUGUUUUAGUAGUAGACUACCAUCUGAUAAGUACAGCAAGUCUUUUUUGUACUGCAUAAGCUACAAUAACAAAGGAGAUGUUGUACGUAGUGGCAGUUAAUCAACAGACUCUCUCUCUCAGGUUAAUCAAACAUCAAACCUCAUCUGUUUAAUUUAACAGCCGUGUUUUGCCAGAUUAGAUUGUCCACAGCGCUGACCUAGAGUCAGUUGUUUUGUGUCUUACGCCGUAGUAUUUUGAAGAUAUGUUAGUGAAAGUAAAAGCUCCUCUAUGCCUUGGAAAUGUGAAGUUGCAUGAAGGAGAUAAUGACACAAAGUUGGAACUGCCUCUACAUCAGUGCUAAAUUGUUACAUUCAAUCCCGAUUGGUUGGCUGUCUUUAAAAAAAAAAAAAGUUUACUAAAAGUAAAAAUCAGUUUGUGAAAAUAUCCUAAGUUUAAAAAUGAGCCUAAACUUAACUAGUUUAUCUUAAGUCAGUGAGUACUUUUUAUUUUGCAACAUGGUCACAUACAGUCACAAAAUCACUGAACAUCCUCUUGGUCUUUUCUCUGUGUAUGUGUGUAAAUAUAUAUAAGCUGUUGUGGAUCCAUCUUCAUUUCUUGGCCUUUUACAGGUAAAACACUUAUUAUUAAACGUGUUGUUGAAAGUAAAACUCCAUGUUUGAGAGUGAGUGUUAUAGUCCCGUUCACAAACGACAAUGAAAGGGAAAUCUAAGUCAUUCUGCCUUGUCAGUGUUUUAUUUGUAUGUUACAAAUAAAGGAAAGUUGUUUUGACUUUUCAA